UUAUAGGGUCAGCUGGCAACGAACCCACUCGCAAGUGAUUUAAGUGACUUAAUACAAUAUAGUAAUUAAUUUAGCAACAAAAUGAAAGUGUUCGCGGCGGUAGUUCUGUGCAUUCUGAUUGCCCACGAGGCCAAAGCCCAGUAUUCGCGAUGCCUGAAUCCCAAUCAAACCCCUGGACUUUGUGUGCUCAUCAGCGAGUGUCAGACGCUCUACUCCGUGCUGAAGCGGGCCACGUUGAGCGAUCAGGAGAAGAGCUUCAUCAAGUCGUCGGCCUGUGGCAGAGGUAGCAACAAUCAGCCCUAUGUUUGCUGCACCCAGGACACGGGCUAUGUGAGGACGCAACGCCAGAAUCCCAACUUUCCGGACUACGAUGGCUUUGGCGGCGACUGGGAGGAGGAGCGGCCACAGAGUUUCGUCUUUCCCCGACAAGAAAGACGUCCCUGGAGCUUUGGCAACCAGCCAGUUACCAGCAGAACUCCAGUUCAGAGAUCCUCGACUGGCGAUGGCUCCACUCUGCUGCCUCAGCCGCCCACCUGCGGGGGCGUGGCUAUCAGGAACCGGAUUUACGAUGGCCAGGACACCGAUCUGAACGAGUUUCCCUGGAUGGUGCUGCUGGAGUACCGCAGACGAACUGGAAAUGGUCUGUCCACCGCCUGUGCAGGAUCGCUCAUCAAUCAGCGAUAUGUCCUCACGGCCGCACAUUGUUUAACUGGCAGGAUCGAACGGGAAGUGGGCACACUUGUCUCGGUGCGACUGGGCGAGCAUGACACUCGCACCGCGGUGGACUGCCCCCCAGGUGGAGGCACUUGCUCGCCGGAGGUCCAGCGUUUGGGCAUCGAGGAGAUCCGCUUUCACGAACGUUACAGCGAAAAGGCCUCCAAUCAGGUGCACGACAUUGGUCUCAUUCGCCUGGAGCGCAAUGUUCGCUACUCGGACAACAUACAACCUAUUUGCCUGCCCUCGUCUGUGGGUCCCGAGUCCAGGCAAUCCGGCCAGCAGUUCACCGUAGCCGGUUGGGGUCGUACUCUGAAGAUGAACCGCAGUGCGGUGAAGCAAAAGGUGACGGUCAACUAUGUGGAAGCCACCAAGUGCAGGCAGAGAUUCGCGCAGAUCAAGGUGAACGUGGAGGCCACGCAACUCUGUGCCGGCGGUCAAUUCCGGCAGGACAGCUGCGAUGGCGACUCUGGUGGACCGCUGAUGCGUUUCCGUGAUGAUUCCUGGGUGCUGGAGGGCAUCGUGUCCUUUGGCUACAAGUGCGGACUGAAGGAUUGGCCCGGUGUCUACACGAAUGUGGCUGCCUAUGACAUCUGGAUCAGGCAGAAUGUGCGGGCUUAGGCUUUUUGGGUUCUCACUGAAUGCUCAAAACGAAAAUUGUGAUCUUUAGCACUCUUAGAUUAGUGUAGUAACUAGCCUCUAGAUUUUAGUAGACAUAAAUAUUUAUUAAAGCAAAUACAAGUUUAAUAACUGAA